CGACGAGACUCAAAUAAAUAGGCAGUGACUCAAGCCUUUUCGCAUUCACUCUUCUAAAAAUUCUCGAAACAUAUUAAUAAUUUAAUACACAUUAUUAUAUUAUAAUUUGCCACACGUGAGUUUUGCGAGAUUUCUUUAAUUAAAAUUGACAGCAAUUGUCGCGAUACGAAAGCGUACAUUACUUUAUUCAAGUAAUAUCGCCGCUUAAAUUUAAUUACACGAUUGUCGAGCAUCAAGCAAAUCGUAAUUUUAGACGGAUUUCAGACGGAUUCUUGUAUUCUUUAAUCACGUCAUCAUAAGCAUAAUAAAGUGUGCAUCGCGUGCAGUUAUAACGGGAAUACCGUGUGAAGUGUCGAUCAUAAUAUUCACCUAAUUAAUGCGUAAUUAAGUGUUUUUGCAAGGACGUGCUAUAAAGAAGUAGCAAAGGAUCAACGAGACUGGAAGAGAAGCUUCGGGUGACAGCAUCAACGCCAUAUAUAAUAAAAUUCCGUUACUGUGUAUCGUGUGCCGAUAAAAGUACCACUUCGUGUAAAACAAAUUUCAAAUUGCUGCAAAGAUGGGGAAAAUAUAUGAGCGUCGAUUGGAACAACCAACGCCAACCAUAUCUCUUGGACAAGCCAUGCUAGAUAAACUGCGCGAAAACAACGAUGAUGUUUUGCUAAUAGACGGACACAAUGGUAACCGACUGACAGCCAAGGAACUGCUGGAGAGAAGCGUAAAAUUCGCGAAUUUUUUACAAAAAUAUGGGAUAAAAAUUGGGGACAGAAUUUCCAUCGUGUCUGAAAAUCGAAUAGAUUAUUUGAUACCAGUUUGCGCGACUUUUUACAUCGGUGCUAUAUUAGCACCGUACAAUCCUGCGUAUACGGAAUAUGAAUUCCAACACAUAUUAAACAUCGCGAAACCACGUAUUAUUUUGGUUUCCCGGCGCAGCGAACGUCUCAUUGCUAAAAUUGUCCCAAAUUUAUCCUGGAAGAUAGAAUUAAUAGCGCUAGAUGAUCAGCCGUUCACAACAAAUAUCCGUACGUUGACGAAUAUUUUAAAUAAUGAACAAACCGUAGAUUUUCUGAGAUACAAAGCAACAGAUAUCGGUGAUAACAGCCAGCAUCCAUCGGUUAUUCUUUGUUCGAGUGGAACUACAGGAUUGCCGAAAGGAGUGACUUUGUCUCAUAAAAAUCUAUUAGCGUUUAUAUCAAAAAUAAGACAGCCUGAGUACAUGGAUAUUAGGCGACGCGACAGAUUCCUGAUGAUGCUACCGUUCUUUCACGGUUACGCGAUAAGCACGAUGCUGCUCUCGAUAUAUUCAGACUGUACCGCAAUCGUGAUGACCGCCUUCGAGCCGAAACUCUUCCUGGACCUGAUGCAGGAGCACAAAGUCACCCAUCUGCCGCUGGUACCGCCGAUCCUGACAUUCCUGGCGAAGCACCCGCUGGUGGAUAAGUACGACUUUCGCAGCGUGAGAGAACUCAUCUGCGGAGCGGCGCCGCUUCCGAAGGACGUCGCAGCCGCUGUGAAAGCUCGCCUCGGCAUAAAAUACAUUCGCAACGGCUAUGGCAUGACGGAGUUGUCGAUAGUAAGCAAUUUGAGCGCACGCGAAGAUGAGGAUAAUUCGUUCGAAAAUCUGGCAACUGGAGUAUCCUUGCCCGGUUUCCUUAGCAAAGUGGUCGAUCUUGAGACACAAGAGACGCUAGACGUUGGUCAGGUAGGCGAGAUCUGUUACAUGGGAGAGCAAUUGAUGAUGGGUUACUGGAACAAUCCAGAGGCCACCAGACAGACCAUCGACCAUGACGGAUGGCUGCACACCGGUGACGUCGGCUACUUCGACGACAAGGGCAGGCUACGCGUGGUCGAUCGUAUCAAAGAGCUGAUCAAGUACAAAGGCUAUCAGGUCUCGCCGACGGAGAUAGAGACGGUUCUACUGUCGCAUCCCGCGGUGAAGGACGCCGCGGUCACAGCAAGACCCGAUGAACGCAGUGGUGAGAUUCCUAUGGCUUUCGUAGUAAGGCAACCGGGAGUCACGAUUACUGCCCAGGAUAUCCAGGAUUUUGUCAAACAGAAACUGUCGCCGCAAAAAUGGUUGUAUGGCGGGGUGCAAUUUGUCGAUGCCAUACCCAAGAAUCCUUCCGGCAAGAUCCUACGCCGCGAGCUUCGAGCAAUGAUUGCUAAACUAUAAUAGUGGUAUAAAUUAUAAAUUUAUCAAUAAGCGUGAAUAGCAAAUAAAUAAUAAGAUAUGAAUCUCCUUUGAGAUAAACGUUUCAAAAAACAUACAGUUUAUAUUUUUAAUAUCAUUAAAAUCCAUUUGAGGGAAGCUAUUUUAUGUAUUCUAUAUUAAUUUUAAGCAAAUAAAUGUUGCAAAUAGAAAUAAUGAA